UCGUCGUCUGAAACUGUGAUGUAAUGUGAGUUAAGCAAUUUCUCAACCGCCAUUGUCCAUUGGAGCCAGUCAAGAUUCAAGAAGAUAAGAAAAUGGCAGGCCUACUAGCAUGGGCGGCAGACGUCGUCGGGGGCGGCGGUAGUGGACAUGGAAACGGAGAAGGUGGGGCUGAUUUAAUCCCAAUUGUUUACAGUCCAGAGCAGCAAAAGUACGUUCAGGAAUUGGAUCAGAAAGCGGCUUCUUUGAGCCGCUCAAUUCAAGAUCUACGGUUGAGACUCCCUCCUCCUGACAUAUCCCAACGCCUUCCUCACCUCCAUGCUCACUCCCUAGCUUCUAAUGCCGAUCUUGCUCUCCAAUUGAAUUCCCACUCCGCUACCCGCGAACAGGCUCAAUUGAGAGAGGUGACUCUACAAGAAGAAAAUGCUGCUUUCGAAAAAGCUAUAUCAAAUUGUGAAAAUAAGAUACAGGAGAAAAGACAGGAAGCUGAUGUACUAAGGAGAAAAUUAGAGGAGAUGGAGGAGACUGAGAAGAAUUUGAGGGUGGAACUUGAAAAUGCACAAACUGCAUUGAGUGCCAGUCAAUCUGGUGGAGGAGCAGAAGUAUCAGUGGGUGAAUCCUCAGCGUUUGAAACUGGACAAGAUACAGCAGCCCCGAAGUCCUCCAUAAUAGAGGAGUUAGAGAACCAGAAGAAGGAGCUGAGUUUAUUGGAGGAUAAAGUUCAGGUCUUAGAAAAGACUUGGUUAGAAGUACAAGAGAAUGCACUGAAGCAACCCACCCCAGCACAAAGAGAGAAGAUAUUAGAUAAGCAGCUUCACAGCCUCAUUGAGCAACUGGCUUCGAAACAGGCACAAGCAGAAGGCUUGGUAAGUGAAAUUCAUAUAAAAGGGCUGGAACUAGAAAAUUUGAAUGGUUUGUGGAGGCGGCUGGAAAGUAGCAAUGUAGAGGUGAAUGCAGCCAGAAAUCGGUUUGUCCGAAGCACAUUAGAGAAGGGGUCUGCUUCCUCUGAUUACAUUGUUGAACCUAAUUACAAGAACCCUUAUUCUUCUGGUGGCCGAAAUGAAUGUCAGCAGAGGCUUAUGUUGCUCAGAUCAGGUUUUGUGUUUUACAUUUUAGUUUUGCACAUCUUGGUCUUCAUCAAAAUUUCAUUUUGGUAAUAUAUAUAUAUAUAUAUGGUUAUCAAAAUACUGAUUCAAUACCUUGUUUUAUUCUUGGUUUUAUGCCUCCAAUCCAACUUAUAUAGAAUGGGGUAAACGAGGCAAAAAAAGAAAAAGGAGAUACACUUGAGAACGAUUGCGUGUAUGAAUUAUAGUUGUGUAUAUACGAUGUAAUAUUUUAGCUA